AGGAUUCACGACGAGCCUAUUGGAACGCAGCUCAUGUUAUCCUGGACCAAGCGGAACUUGCGUCGGACAACAUGGCGGAAGAAAACGUUGAGCGUCCCUCUGCUGCUGAUUCUGAAGCCACAUCCAAUUCAAAGCUGGCGUUAGAAGAUAACUCCAAGACCAAUAUUCCUGCACUUGAGUACACCCCGGACCUUCGAAGCGUCCUUGUUACCAGCGUUUUAAACGUGGAGAAGCUCGACGUAGACCUGUACAGGGGGACACAUCACUGGGUGCCACAGACUCAGCGCUUAUUUGGCGGACAAAUCAUUGGUCAAGCUCUAGUUGCUGCUGCCAAAUCUGUCAGUGAGAAUCUUUACGCUCACUCUCUUCACUGCUACUUUGUAAGAGCAGGAGAUCCUAAGGUUCCAGUGUUGUACCAGGUAGACCGCACAAGAGAUGGUCGCAGUUUUACAGUGCGCUCCGUGAAGGCAAUCCAGCACGGACAGCCUAUAUUUAUCUGCCAAGCGUCCUUCCAAAUCCUACAGCCAAGUCCGUUGCAACACCAGUUCACCAUGCCGGUGGUCCCCCAGCCUGAAGAGCUCCUUACUGCAGAGGAACUCAUCCAGGUUUAUCUCAGUAAACCUGGCCUGGCUGAAACUUUAAAACUAGCUCUUAAUAAACUGCUUGCAAUUGAAGUCCCAAUUGAGAUCAAGCCAGUCAGCCCUCCACAGUUUCACAGGCUUGCUGCAGCAGAGCCAAAGAAAUUGUUUUGGGUGCGAGCCAAAGGAUACAUUGGUGAAGGCAACAUGAAAUUGCACUGCUGUGUGGCUGCCUAUGUAUCAGAUUUUGCCUUUCUGGCAACUGCAAUGCUACCUUACCCCAACUACAGGGUAAAGUUCUCAGUUUCCCUGGACCACGCCAUGUGGUUCCACAACAUUUUCCGCAGUGAUGAAUGGAUGUUGUACGAGUGUGAGAGCCCGUGGGCAGGAGGCAGUAGGGGACUGGUUCAAGGCCGCCUGUGGAGAAGAGAUGGUGUGCUGGCAGCCUCAUGUGCACAGGAAGGGGUCCUGAGAGUCAAAGUACGGGGCGUAUUUCCUGAGCCCAGCAAACUAUAGGCACCUUUCUCAUACGGUUUUAAAAGUUAUGAUUGUUUUAUACCAAACUAAAGUCUACCUUUUUGUGUGGUUACUUUUAUUCCAGAUGAAUAUUUGUGAAGUUUUUGUCAAUGUUAAUGUUUUAUACAUUAACUUGGGAUGUUUUUAGUUUUUGAAAUGUUUUAGACAAACAUGACAAAUAUUUCACUGGCUCCUAUAUUCCAAGCUUUUUCAUUAGUAGUUGCAUGGGACAAACUCUUUAUUCCACAUUUGAACUGACCUGAGUACUGUAUUUAUUUUUCUUAACCACAAUUACACAAUGUAAAGAGUUAUUUGUAAUGCAAUAACUACUGAUUAAGAACAUUUAGCUCUUGUAAUCAUUUCUGAAUGGAAGAAAUGAAAGUUCACAAUAUCCUGAGCAAAGCUAUUUGGUUGAUUAAAAGACUCAUGCAUGGAGUAUUCCUGCUAGUAAGUUAUACUUAAACAUUUAAUGGUUCUCCACAAACAUCCAGAUGAGUCAAUCAUGUGAAUGUAAUAAAACUCUUAAACUAAAAAAGGUACACAAAGGACAUGACUUUCAAACUUUCAGUGUUAAAUUGGGGCCUCAUUUAUGAUUCUUAUUCCUUAAGGUAAAGUCAACGGUAGCGUUAGCCAUUUCAUCUAAAAAUGUGUAAUCUGAUUUGAAAAGUCACAAAUGACUAGUCAGUUAAAUCUAAAAUAUUAGAUUGGAUAAAAACACAAUGUCAAAAGAAUGCAGACUAAGAUUUUGAAGAUCCAAU